CGGAAGUAGUGCCCAUGACCGGAAGUUCCUCAGUUGUCAUAAAGUGUCAACGCCUCCGAAGCUAGCUAGCAGGAUCACAAUAAAUUACUUUAUAAAAUGGCUGAAGUGGAGGAAACCCUGAAGAGGAUCCAGAGUCAGAAAGGAGUGCAGGGCAUCAUCAUCAUCAACGCCGAAGGCAUCCCCAUCAAGAGCACCUUGGAUAACUCGAGCACAGUCCAGUAUGCAGGCCUCCUGCACCAGCUGGUGAUGAAGACCCGGAGCACUGUGAGGGAUCUCGACCCGCAGAAUGACCUGACCUUCCUAAGAGUGCGCUCCAAGAAGAACGAGAUCAUGAUUGCUCCAGAUAAGGACUAUUUCCUCAUUGUCAUUCAAAAUCCAUCAGAUUGAAGACUUGCUUUGUCUUUUUUUUUUUUUUGCUUUCAGUAUUUGUUUUUUAAUUUAAUGAAAAAUAUUUCAGUUUUGUAACUGCAUACUUAAACGUUAAAUACGUGAACAUACUUAAUUGCACCAUAAUGAUGAGAGAAGCAACAUUUUUACAGGAACACUGCUCAUGGAAAGAAAUCUUAAAAUUUGAUGUAUAUUAGGACACAUGAAAAUACAAAGCUCCCUUGCAUAAUACUCACAUCAUUCCAGCAAAAAAAAAAAAUGCUGCAAAACAAAAAACAUUAUUGUCAUGGAGACACAGGAAGGGCUGUCCCCAGAAGGGGGUGGGUUAAUAUCACAUGAUGCAUAAAAUCUUUUCCAGUGAGCAGUCCAUAUGCAGAUGUUUUUCAAGACUGGGACAGCAGAUAUUGGAGUAUUUUAUUUGCACCUUUUUUAUUCUUUGGACCUGGUUCAUUUGUUCAUAUGCAGCUUUGGCUGUAUACACAUUUACACAAAAGAUUUCUGUGUAAUUAUACUGUUAAUUUUGUUACAGUUCUGUGUUGGACUAAUAAAUUCAACAGG